AUGCAUCUUUCUAUAGCUGUUGUUGCCUCCCUGGCAGUCAUCACACCAACCUUUGCGCUACCAGCAUUUUCAGGAUCCCAAUUAAAGUCUGCAGCCGAUGCAGUACCAGGCGAAUCAUCUCUAUUUGUCAACUACCAAGGAAAGAAAACUCCACUUGCAUCCAACUAUACCAAGGUCUCUCCCGCCACCGGAUCAGGCCCCGCUGGCGCAGACGACCUCCUUUUCCAGAACCUCCUCUCCGCUGAAUGGGUCAUCUACUCCUUCUACCAGCGGGCCGUAGAGUACUUUUCUGCAUCCGACUUUACCAAGCUCGGUUUCCCCAACAAUACCUAUGAAAGAAUCGUCGAAAUCCGAGACAAUGAAGCCGGUCACGUUCGUAUCUUCCAAGAUCAAAUCUCCAAGAACUCCAUCACCCCAGGUCCUUGCACGUACACCUACGGCUUCAACCAACUCGCCAAGCCCAACAGUACCAAGGAGUUCCUCGCGCUGCAGGUCCUCCUCGAAGUCUCCAGCAUGGCGUUCCUGACCGGCCUCGCCAACCAAGCCGACCUGAACAUCUCCAAGAGUGCCCUGAUGGCCAUCGGACAGGUCGAGAGUCGCCACAACACCUGGUCUCUCAUCGACGUGUACAACGUCUCCCCCUUUCUCCGGCCCCUCGGAUACCGUCUACCCCUACGCAAACCAGAUCCUGGAUCUGACCAACAUAACCUGCCCCGCUUCACGUUCAACCCUAAAACCACUACCGCUCGCCCGGGCUCUACCCUGGAGUUUGUGUUCCAAGCUAAGCCGACGUUUGCGGCGGACAAGGACUACUGGGCUGUCUUCUAUCAUGACCUCAACCAGGUCAGCGUUCCCUAUGACCCGAAGAAGAACGUUGCUACCAUUCCUAAAGAGUUUGAUAGCAAGGUGGGCGUCAUCAUGGUGAAUAUUGCCGAUGAGAAGGAUGCUCCCACUGAGGACAGUGUUGUUGCGGGACCUCUGAUUAUCUUGGAGCAGCCUGGCAGUUUGACAUUGCUCCUGGAUUAA